AUGAGACCAACCCAGUUCCUUGCUCUCUUGACAGCAGUCUCUCCAGCUGUGAACGCUCUAUUGGGGUCGAGCUGCAUCAGCACCGUCAAUAGUAUGAACAAAAUCCCGGCACUUUUCAUGGAAGCAGGGGAGCGAGUGGCUUGUCAGGCUGGAUGCAAGCCCAAGCCGGCCGAAUGGCUGAAGUAUGGAAAGGAAUUCAUUAACGGGGUGGUGGAAGACGGGGCUGCUUACUACUGUCAAAUUGACGACGGCAAAGAUGUCUUCGCCGUGUACCUUGACCAGAUAUUUCACGAUGUCAUGGAAAGAUGCGAAGCAAAACUGAACGGUAACCAUGUUUGUGGCGACCCGGAAGAAUUGAGUGAAUUCAAAAAUUGUGUUCUCUCGAACAAUUGGCACUCUUUUGUCCUCGCCCCGAAUAUACUCCUUGCUGCCGUAUGCGUCGUCGGAGAGAUGCAAACUGGUGGACAGCUAUAUCAACAGCUCACAGCUAUGGGACCAUGA